UUGAAUUAAAAAAUAAAAGGAAAAAGUAGAACCAUGGCAUUAUUUUCUCCAAAAGUGUACAUAUAUAUACAUGAGGAAAAUUAUAUUUCCUUCUCCAAAAUGAAAAGAUCUUUUUCUAUUCUAUUUUUGUGAAAGAUGAAAUCUUGAAUGUGAAUGAUAAGAAUACUGCAAACAGUUUGCCUUUGCUUGAUUUGUGGGGUUUGUGUUGUAGUAUCUUUCUUUCUGUUUGUUUUGGCUUCGUUUUGUAGCCCCACAUGCAUUUCUUGCGUUUGUCUGAUCUGGAUUGGAUCACAAGGAAUUCCCUUUUCGUAUUCCCCAUUAUCUUUUGUCAUCUUCUCUGGAUAUAUGAAUAUUGAGGGAAAGAGAGAGAGAGGUGGUGGUGGGGUUCAAAUAGCUUCCGGGCCUUCCGGGCACCAAUUCUGUUCUUGGGAAGGAGAAGAAGCUGUUGACGUGUCCAAGUACGCUCAUAGUCCUGUUCAUAAGGCCAUAAUUUUGAAGGAUUAUACUGCUCUCAGGAUGAUUAUUGCUGGCCUUCCCCGGCUCUGUGAUCCAUCUGAGAUUCAGACAGAACCAAUUUCACUUGCUGAGGAAGCUAAAGCUGAUGCCAUAGCUGCUGCAAUUGAUCGGCGUGACGUUCCUAACCGGGAAACUCCACUUCAUUUGGCAAUUAAAUUUGGCGAUGAGGCUGCAACUGAGAUACUUAUGCAGGCCGGUGCAGAUUGGAGCUUGCAGAAUGAUCAGGGUUGGAGUGCUUUACAGGAAGCAAUAUGUAAUAGGGAAGAAGGGAUUGCAAAGAUUAUAGUUAGGCACUACCAGCCACUGGCUUGGGCAAAAUGGUGCAGAAGGUUGCCUCGGUUGAUUGGAACAAUGAGACGGAUGAGAGAUUUUUACAUGGAGAUCACCUUUCAUUUUGAGAGUUCAGUCAUCCCUUUCAUUUCAAGAAUUGCCCCUUCUGAUACUUACAAAAUUUGGAAGAGAGGUGCAAAUUUGAGGGCAGAUAUGACUUUGGCCGGUUUUGAUGGUUUCAGAAUCCAGCGUUCUGACCAAAGUUUUUUGUUCCUUGGUGAUGGCUCAGAAGAUGGAAAAGUUCCUCCGGGAUCACUAUGCAUGGUUUCACAUAGAGAUAAGGAGGUUAUGAACGCUCUGGAUGGUGCUGGUACUCCACCAACUGAGGCUGAAGUGCAGCAAGAAGUGAUUGCAAUGUCCCAGACCAAUAUAUUCCGGCCUGGCAUUGAUGUAACUCAAGCAGUUCUUUUGCCUCAAACAACAUGGAGGAGACAGGAAAAAACAGAAAUGGUGGGUCCUUGGAAAGCGAAAGUAUAUGAUAUGCAUAAUGUGGUUGUAAGCAUUAAAUCAAGGAGGGUCCCAGGGGCCAUGACAGACGAUGAAUUCUUUAAUUCCUGCAAUGGCAAUGAGACAGAGAGUGAGCUUGAUGAUAUUUUGACAGAGGAAGAGAGAAAGCAGCUUGAGACUGCACUUAAGAUGGACUCGGAGAAUGAAAACAGUGAUGGCAUUAUUGCUCACCGUCAUAGUUGUUGUGAGCUAAGGGAUAUUCCUGUUGAGGAUGCAAAAAGUUGUAGGAACAGAGAAAGUAAAGUGGAAAAGAAAGGAUGGUUUGGUAGCUGGAGGAAAUCGGAAAACAAACAAGGUGAAAAAAAGAAUGCUCCACCAAGAAGUUCUUUGUGUGUAGAAGAGAAAUCUUGCAAUCUCCCAGAGGACUCUCCUUCGAGAAGUAAAAUUAGGCACAGUAGGCACUCUACGGAGAUUGAUGUAAAGCGGGAUGAGCAUAAGAGAGGAAGAGACGCUAAAGCUUCUUCGGCAAAUGCUGAGAGUGGAAAUCGCCGCAAGGAUGGAAGUCGUGAGGGUGAGUAUAAGAAAGGUUUGAGGCCUAUUCUUUGUCUUUCUCCAGAUUUUCCCUUACAAACAGAAGAACUCCUACCGUUGCUUGACAUUUUAGCAAACAAAGUAAAAGCUAUCAGGCGAUUAAGAGAGUUACUCACUACCAAGCUACCGAAAGGCACCUUCCCUGUCAAGGUUGCAAUUCCGAUAGUACCCACUAUCAGGGUGAUCGUUACUUUUACAAAGUUUGAAGAAUUGCAACCGGUAGAUGAAUUCUCGACGCCACCAUCAAGUCCGACUGCUGGUGGCAGAGAAAGCGCUUCAGGCGUUCAGCCUUCAAGUCCAUCAUGGUUUCAGUGGAUAAAGUCUCCUUAUCAACGUGCGGGGGCUUCUACAGGUGGCUCUAGCAAUAAGAUCGAAAAUAUUCAGGACCCAUUUGCAAUUCCUCCCAAUUAUACGUGGAUUACAGCAGAAGCAAAGAAAAAGAAAAUGCAGGAGAAGAGUAAAUCUAAAAAACCAAAAGCUCAGAAGUAGUUCAUCAGUUGUGUUUAGGUAAGGUACAUUUUCAGUAAAGGAGCAUUAACUUCCAUAGUUGUUUGAUUGAUCCUCUAAUUUGCAUUUUACUUGGAAUAACAGCAGAUACAGUAGUCUUUACUAGGUACGAAAAAUCAUUGUCCGGGGGAUGGGGGGUGGCGGAGAGGGAGUUAUAGAUGUUUAAAAAGUCCCGAUUCUUGUAACAUUUAUGAUUACUAUUGCACGUACGGUUGGCUCAGUAAAAAUCUACCAUUUCGUUGGGUGAUUAGUUCCCUUUGAAGUUUGUCCCGGAAGUUUUUACUCGUUUAUUCUUUACCUAUGUAAUGCAGGCAUAUCGUACAUUUCGUUUACUUGAUCAUCAAAUUUGUAAGAUGAUCGUUGCGAAUGCGUAAAAUGUUGUAAAGUGCUUUUUGGUUUUA